GCUAGCUAGUUAAUACAAAAACAUUAUCAAAAGACAUAGAGAAACCUCCAAAAGUACACAUGGAGAGAAUAUUUUCAGUGGUCGUGUUGGUUUUUCUGAUGAUACCCAUUACAAUAACAUCAACGAGUAUUGAUCCUACAUCAUCAGCAGCUCCAUCUUCUCCAUUAUUUUCUUCCUCCUCUUCAUCUUCAUCUGCAUUCUCAGUUGGUAGAAAUAUAUUCAAGAAACUCAAGUGUACAGACUUUGUGAAAGAACAAAUGGUCACCAAAGUUCUUGACCAUUUAAAAGCUUCGGAUGCCGUAAAGAAGACAUUGAAGACAAGUGCCGAAUUUGGGGUUUGCGUAGCCAAUAACUUCUGUGAUUGUCUGGCCACACCAUAUCAACCUGUAAUUUAUGCUUGUUUGGCUGAACUUGGUUUAAAGUGCAUGAAAGAUGCUCUCUCAUCAAACUCAAUUCCAUGUACAAAUUUUGUGAAAGAAGAAAUGGUCACCAAAGUUCUUGACCAUUUAAAAGCUUCUGAUGCCGUUAAGAAGACACUGAAGACAAGUGCCAAAUUUGGGGUUUGCGUAGCCAAUAACUUCUGUGAUUGUCUGGCCUCACCAUAUCAACCAGUAAUUUAUGCUUGUUUGGCUGAACUUGGCUUAAAGUGCAUGACAGAUGCUCUCUCAAACUCACCUCCAUGAUCAACACUCUACUAGCACUCUCCCAAAUCCCCUCAAACUUGAUGAUAUGAGGCAAUGGGAGAUUUUUUCUGCUACCGCAAAUGCAGGAAGAGAGUUUAGCUUUUACUUUUUCUUUUUCCUUUCUAAUACUGCUCAUGCAUUACUUUUGGAAUGAUAAAUCUUACUUUAAAAGAAAAAUGUAUAAAGAAAAGUCAUAUAUAAAGUAGCUUCUUCUGGGACAAACUUCAUAUUGAAUUUUGGUGUCCUUUCCUAAAAAAAUUUAGAAAAGAGGACUUUUUAA